AUGGUAUCCGUUUCACUACGUACUCCACGAUCAGCACGAUGCGUUGCUGAAGAACCCACUUCACCAAAUAAAUUGUCUGCCGCCAACCGCCAAUUCCCUUCAGAAACACUGGUUUUUCUCUUCUUUUUGUAUUAUUUUGGUGAAACAUUGAAGAAAAAAGAUAAUAAACGAUUAUUAAAGAUAAAAUUUAUCCUAAGUGAGAGUAUGUCUUCGAAGCUAAUUCAUGUCUUUGCAGUGUGUGCACAACACAUAAGAUUCCGGCGCCAAGCUUAUCCUCCAAAUCCUGCACCUUUUCAACCGCGCGUUGAGGACUACAACUUGCCGCCAUUCUAUCAGCCUCAUCCUGGUAGAGAUGCCUCUUCAUUGACGCCAAUUUUCCCAUUUACUAGUGAAUUCAACAAUGGUCUAGAUGUGAAUCCUGGCACAAGGGUUACGGUAGAUGGAAAUCUCAAUGUGCCCAUACUUGGAUGGGGGAUAUGGGAUUACAAAGGUGGGAUCAAAGUGGGACGAGCGAACACGCGAGUUGGCUUCGGCUCACUUCAGCGACCCACCAACGUUCUCGGCAUCAGUCCUGAUACACUUGCUACAUUGGCUAAAGAUGGAAACUUCAACCAAGCACGACAAUUCGUUCCAUCAAUACCCGUCUCGGUUCUACCCGGAAACUUUGUACCGUUGCGUUGCAAACCUCCAUUUUGUAAUCCAUUCGUACACAACACUGCAUUCGGCGUUGACGUUGAACCUGGAGAUGAUUAUCUUUUCGAUGGUGGUGUCGACUUCCCAAUCCCGCUCGCACCUUCGGGUGUGGGUGUACGAUUCCCACUUAGUGGUGCUGUUAACGUGGGUACCGAUCCAUUGUUGAUCACUUACGGACAUGGUAUGGGUCCAGUGGAACCACCAGGAUUUCGGUCAAAAAAAUCAACAGUUUACUGUCAAAAAUAUGGGAACGAUGAGCCACUGGUUGUACCAGUGCAAGGUCCGCUUGCACAAUUCCCGGCAUUAGUAACAGCCGACAACUUUCCACUGUUCCCCUUUACUGACCAGUACAACACCGGCAUUGAAAUCAAUCCAGCAAACAAAAUAUCUUUGGCUGGCGAUAUGAACAUACCCGUACCUGGUUGGGGGAACUUCGAUAUAGAUGGAAAUGUAUAUUUUGGGAAUGUGAACGUUGACACAAAAGUUGGAUAUCAGAUUCGACCAACGAACAGACUGAAUAUCAAGCCAGAAACGCUAGCUUUGCUUGGGCAAAAUCCCGAGUUUCGAGAGGCUCGCAGUGAGUUUUUUUUUUGACU